UCCCGGAAAUACGUCAUCGCAUUGCGCCAUCAAACAUUGCAAAGUGCGCAGCUACCUAGCUCGUGCUAGCUGCUACUGAUUAGUACUGGUUAAGGCUUUUAUUUUUAUUUAUUUUUUGGUAAAGUUUGAGUGUUGUUUUCUUUAAAAAGGUCCAGCCAUGGCGAUGCAAGCAGCUAAACGAGCGAAUAUUCGUUUACCUCCAGAGGUGAACAGGAUAUUGUAUAUUCGUAACCUUCCAUACAAAAUCACCGCAGAGGAGAUGUAUGACAUCUUUGGAAAGUAUGGGCCAAUUCGUCAGAUCAGAGUUGGAAACACACCAGAGACGAGAGGAACAGCCUAUGUCGUUUACGAAGACAUCUUUGAUGCCAAAAAUGCCUGUGAUCAUCUUUCUGGAUUCAAUGUCUGCAACAGAUACUUAGUUGUAUUGUACUAUAAUGCAAACAGGGCUUUCCAAAAAAUGGACACAAAGAAAAAGGAGGAGCAGCUGAAAAUUCUCAAAGAGAAGUACGGGAUAAACACAGACCCACCAAAAUAGUCAACAUUUGAUUAUUUCUGUUGUGAUAUUUUUCUUCCUUGUACCCAUACCCAUCUCACUUUUAACCUUUAAAUAAAAAAGUACCUGUUGAACAGUGUUCAUUACUAGGACUGAAAUCUUGUUAUAUAUUGACCUAAUGUCUUUUUCAGUUAGUUUUCUGUAAAUUUUUGAAUAAAGUGGUAAAAAUUUGUUAAUCAGCAUUUGUUUUAAUAAAUAAGUGUUUUUCUU